AUGCCUGGGUAUGUCAUGGACAGAUCAAAUGGUGAAAAGGAACAAAGUGAACAGUAUGCAAUGGAGAAUGAAGUCUUUGACCAUACUUCUCCGAGAAGUCCCUCAAGUACACGAAGUACUGAGAGUGACUCUAUCGAUCUAGCUAUAGAACAGGUCGUUGACACUUCUAUUGAGCAACUUUAUCACAAUGUAUGCGAUAUGCAGAGCUCUGACCUAUCUACAUCGAGGCGUAGUUUUUUAUCCUAUGGUGAAGAGUCGAGGAUUGAUUCUGAAUUGCGGUAUCUUGCUGGAGACUAUUGCUGGGAUGUGGAGGUUAAAGACGAUGUAGUAACCGAUAAAAUUCAAGGAGAUCGUGUUUUUGAAGAAGAAAAAGGAUCUCGGGAUGAAAAGAUUGGGGAGAUGAAUAAGAUCCAUCCUGCAAGUGUUAUGUCUAUUUCUUCGACAGGAGCAUAUGAAGCAUCUCCCAAGCCUAGUUUGAGUAGCAAAUCUUUAAUGAAUAGACCUCCAAAUGGGAAGCGAAAUAUGAAAACUUCGAGGAAGUUAAAUUCAGUUUCUUCCAUGAAAAGCGAGUGGAAUUCUCGUUCAUUGGGAUUGAAGAUGCAGAAUGGAAGUGAGGAUCCUUCUGAGGUAGGAUAUCUCGGCCCGUAUCUACUUAAACAGGCUAGGGAAUUGAUUGCAUCUGGGGAUAAGCCUCAAAAAGCUCUCGAUUUGGCUCUUCGAGCGAUGAAGUCAUUCGAGAUUUCUGCAAAUGCCAAGCCUAAUCUAGAGUUUGUAAUGUGUAUGCAUAUCGUAGCAGCAUUAUACUGCAGGCUAGGCAAGCACGCUGCAGCAAUUCCUGUUCUUGAGAGAUCAGUCGAAAUUCCCGAUAUGGAUUUAGGCCAGAAUCAUGCACUCGCUAAAUUUGCGGGGUGCAUGCAAUUAGGUGAUACCUAUGCAAUGCUGGGGCAGAUGGAGAACUCCAUACUUUGUUACACGGCCGGUUUGGAAAUUCAACGCCAAGUUCUAGGGGAAAAAGACCCUCGAUUUGGUGACAGUUGUCGAUAUUUAGCCGAAGCCCAUGUUCAGGCAAUGCAAUUUGACGAGGCUGAGAAGCUUUGUUUAAUGGCUCUCGAUAUACAUAAAGAAAAUGGCAUAUCAGCGUCUCUUGAGGAAGCUGCUGAUAGGAGACUUUUGGGACUUAUCUGUGAAUCCAAAGGAGACUAUGAAGGUGCUCUUGAGCAUUAUGUUUUGGCAAGUAUGGCUAUGGCUGCUAAUGGACAGAAUGCUAAUGUGGCAGCCAUCGACUGCAACAUAGGCGAUGCAUAUUUAUCGUUAGCAAAAUACGAUGAGGCGAUAUUUUCUUAUCAGAAGGCGCUAAAUAUGUUUAAGUCCAUAAAAGGAGAGAAUCAUCCUUUAGUUGCUUCAGUGUUCGUCCGCUUGGCUGAUUUGUACAAGAAGAUAGGAAAAUUCAGUGAAUCAAAAUCGUAUACCAAAAGCGCGCUUCGCAUUUAUUCUAAGCCCUUCCCGGGAUAUCCUGCAGAGGAGAUAGCUAGUGGCCUAGUUGAUAUAUCGGCUAUCUAUGAAUCAAUGAAUGAACCUCAUCGCGCUCUGAAAUUACUUCAGAAGGCCAUAAAAGUGUACGGCAAUUUACCAGGUCAACAAAGCACAAUUGCAGGAAUUGAAGCCCAAAUGGGAGUAUUGUACUAUGUUUUAGGGAGUUAUUCGGAUUCUUAUAAUGCAUUCAAGAACGCAGUGUCCAAGUUUCGUGCAAUCGGAGAAAAGAAAUCUGCCCUUUUUGGGAUUGCUCUGAACCAAAUGGGACUCGCCUGUGUGGAACUUUAUUCUAUAAACGAGGCUGCUGAUUUGUUUGAGGAGGCUCGGAACAUUUUGGAGACUGAAUACGGACCGUAUCAUGCCGAUACGUUAGGAGUCUAUAGCAAUCUUGCAGGCACCUAUGAUGCAAUGGGCAGGACUGCUGAUGCAAUUGAAAUUUUGGAAUAUGUUGUGGAGAUGAGAGAAGAGAUACUUGGAACAGCAAAUCCAGAUGUGGAUGAUGAAAAGCAAAGAUUAUCACAGUUAUUAAAAGAUGCAGGAACUGUCAGGAACAGAAAAUCAAAAUCCCUGAAGACAUUGUUUGUUAAUAACUCUUAUAACAUUAUGGUAUCAUGA